UUCCAGCCAACGCAAAUUCAAACAAUAUUAUUAGAUUACAAAAAUAUUUUAAUUUUAAAAUUUGCAUUUUUUAAGUAUUUUAACAAUUUAGCUGUUCCAAUAUCAAGUUUCGCUUCCCUACUUUCAAGAUUGCAACAAUGUUGCGAUUGCAAUACAAAAAAAAGCGUUGAACAUCUACAACAUUUUCCCCUCCGGAAGUCUUUGUUUUGGUGCAUGCUUUGUCUGGCCCACGUGUCGGGAAGGUUGGCCAGAAUGCACGUGGCAGGAACUUGAUAAGUACAUAAUUAAUUAGUAAUUAAUUUAUAAAUGUGUCUACGUACAAAUGUAUAUUGACACAGAUGUAUUUAUAUGUAAGUAAAUAUGCAAGCAUACGUUCCGCAUUACUGAGUAUAGACAGGUAUGCAGACUGUUGCACCUGCUCAAGAUCUUGGGAUUAGUUUUACGAGCUAAUUCGGAAUUUUAAAGAUAACCUUUCCCAACGUAAGAAUUACAUGAUUCAAACAUUGUUAAGUAAAUAUGCACAUACUGUUAGUUUGUUACCUUUUACAAUUUAUCAAUUUAUGGAAUUUAUCAACCCUUCAUAUGCAUUUGGGCUUAUUUAGAUUUCUUAGCACAUAUGUAUUUUAGUUAUCUCUCGUUUAUUCAGUUAUGUAUGGUCGCAUUGGUGGAAUUAAUAAUAACCACGUUCAGUUAAAUACAUAAUAUUCUCAUUAAUCCUUUCUAACCUGAAGCGUAUUUAUUUAUGUAUACCCAAGCUCUUUUUCAAAAAUUAUCCAACAAUGUUGACCUCAAUUUUCAUUGUGCCGCGUGGAAGCUAAAUAUUAAAUGUGCAUCAAAUAAAUAAUAUUUGUAUUAUUGACCAUUAGUCACAUAUUGAAUACCUAUAAACUAUUAAUAAAAUCAAUAACCCAAGGUAUUGAUAUGGGGCUCUACCACGUGGUAUUGGCACUAUCUUCAUAAAAAAACAGAAAUUCACAAAUAUUUUACAUAUUUGUGAAUUUCUGUUUUUUUAUGAUAUAUCUGUGACUUACACAGAUCAAUCGAGUAUUUCCUGUUUAUCGGGGUUCGAUUGUUCUUUUUGAAUUGUAUAUGGCUAUAAUUGUUUGCGAAUAAUAAAUCUGACUAUCUAGUAUCUAUCUAUUGACAUGGUAGUAGGUCAAUAUUGCAUGGCUAAAAUUUAAUACUGCUCAUUAUUGAAAUUAUUACUAUAAAGUACUAUUUUUCUAUUUUUUUCACUACUACUUUCAUGCUACAUGGAAGUAUAUGUGAAACAUAAUAUGGAGUCACGCUGGCCAACGCUAAUUUUUAGAGGGUCGUGUGGGGAACCCUUAAGAGAUAGAAGGAUGCGGUAAAGGGCAUUUGACGCUCCUCUCAAAUGUAGGGAUAGGGUACGCUUACAGUUUUUCAAAUUUUUCAUUAGUGUUUGACCUAGUGACCUUUACGUGUAAUAUGGUCACGGGGACACUAAAUAUUUUUUCAAAUGAUCUGGGUGCACGGUAUAGAAAAACCGGAAAUAGGGUAACGUGUACAACAGAUUUGUGCACAAAAAAUAUACGAAGCAUUUUUCGAAUUAAAGCCUCCCUGAUGCGCGAAAAUUCAAAAUGAUGCAUUUUGGGUGACCUCAAUCUCAACUACCUGCAGCAAUGAGGAAACAUUUUUUUGACCCAAUCUCAACGGAAUAAUAUUCUUGAGGGUCCAGAGGAGUGCUGUGUAUGAAAAAUUUCCGAAAAAUUUGUUUCCUGAAAAAACUAUGGCGGUUUAAGGAAAACAAUUAAGCUCAAAGAAAUGGUGGCACUAUAGAGUACUCCUGGCAGCACAUUACUUGCUAAAAUUUGAUAAGAUGUCUUAAUUGAAAUUAGAUUCAUAUAUUAUGUAUUAAAAAUAGAAUUUUCCGCAGUUUUACUGCAUAACUUGUAAUACCGAGUUAAUACAAAAGCGGUUGAGUCAUAUAUCAAUACCGCUAGUUUUUUCCUAGGUGAGGCCAAAAGCCGGAACGCUGGGCCCCAAAAACUGAAUAUGCUCAGUUGGGGCACGGCGUAAGCUAGUCUGCAAAUAAGGUUGGCCUUGAAAUGGUCUCACACGUGUCAAUUUUUAACGAUGCCUCGUAUGCAAAAAUGACAAGAGACCAAAUAAUUAGCUGAUACAAGUUUGCACAAUGCUUUUUCUGGAAAUUUGAAAAUUUUGAAAUUUUAUGUUGAAAAUCGCAGUUAAAGUGGUCCUUGAUACAAGACAAUAUAUGCUCAUAGCUGUAGAUUAGGUAGAAAACAUAAUGCUCUUUCAACUUUAUAUUACACAUUUUUCAGUACAAUGUGAAUUUAUUGGCCAAAAUGACGAUUUCAAAUAUUUGGGUAGCACUCCACACAAAUACAUUCUUAAAACCUACCUCUUGCAGUUAAGGUGAGCUUAGCUCAGAGGCGAUCAUAUCGAGGAGUUAAUCAUGAGGUGUCGGGUUCGAUUCUCGGUAGUGGUUUUAAAUUUUUUUGCAAAUUUUUGCACAUUUCUUAAAUAUUGUAUGCAUGAUAACUUUUAAACGGAGUCGAAUUUCGGCAUGUGGUUAUCACUAACCUUUUUCUUAAGACAACUUGGAGGUCAUACGUCACGACCUUAGGUCAUGACCGUGUUUUCGAUGUAACGGGCCAUGUGGGGUGUCGUUUGAAAGAUAAUUCAAAGACGCUCAAGAAAAAUAAUGACGCCCAAAGCUAGUGACCUUCCGUGACCUUAAAACACGGUCAUAAAGUCAAAAAUUUGAAUGUGGUCGAAUGUGGUGUGGGGUGUCGUUUGAAAGAUAAUUCAAAGAUGUGGUAGGACUCACCGCCUAGCGCCAAGGGACUCACCCCCUAGCGCCUACUUUGUAGGACUCACCGCCUACCCCCUAUAUUCGCGGGACUCAUCGCCUACCGCCUACAUCAGACGGGACUCACCGCCUACCACCUACCAUGGUUUGACUCAUCGCCUACCGCCUACAUAAUAUAGGACUCACCGCCUACAUGUUAUAUAAUAUGUACCGCCUACCGCCUACCCUGUGCAAACGUUAUUUUGUGGCUGAAGCAUUGAAGAAGUGAGCUCAUUCUGCGUUUGUUUGUUACACCAGAUGAUGGCUGAUCUAAUAAAUUCUUCCCUCUGGACAAAACCUCCCCAUGCAGUGUUUACGGUGGAAUUAGAGCAUACCGAUUUGCAAACAUUUAGGGCACACACACUUAAAUUUCAACCCGUUUAAAGUUGUUCUGGGAGGUUUACGUUUAACCAAUCAAUACAAUUGUAUGUGCAUACAAUCCGUCCUCUUAUUAACAAAACUUUUUUCAUGUAGCAAGGAGUCAAUUUUUUUUUUGAGUUUCGAUGGAAAUACUGGUUAGUUAUUACAUUCACAAAUACUGGUAUUACUAAAUAAUUGCAUAUUCAUGCAAUGAUUUGAAUUGGAUAAUAUUAUGAGCUGUCCAUUACAAACGUUGAAUCUAAAUAUGGGUUUGUCAAUUUCAAUCUUUAUUUGUCUGCUCGUAGAUAUAUACAUGUAGUGGGUAAGACUACAUGCCUAUUGUUGUUGGAUAUAGGUAGGUUUGUAAUGUAAAAUAUGAAUACCCUGAUCCUACGUACCUAUGAAUAUCUACUUUGCAUAUAAAAUAUUUACAAGGCCAAAAUUAGAAAUGAGGACAAAACUACAUAAUUACGAUAUUGUGUAUGUCGUAAUUAGAUUUUUAUACCGUCGAUGUGCAUAAGACACGUAUGUAUUAUUGCCCACGUAUGUAAAGCGUCAUACUGAAGGACAGAUUUAUCUAGUUUCUACGAAUCCCUCGUGUAUCUCCGCUUAAAUAUUAUGUUAUUCCCACACCCCAAAAUUACUAGAAAGUUUUGAACUUCCUCUGUGUAAGUUUGAAAUUUACAACCUCGUAUUUUCGUAAAGUUUUCCUGGAAACUCAAUUUCAUUGCGGUCCGAACUACAUACAUCGGUCAGUACAAUUUCCUAUAUGAGGGCAACUCGUGUUUUGUGUAGGUAUUGGGACAUUAAACGCCCCAUCUCUUGGUUGCCAUACCAACAUCUAAGCAUUUGCGUGCAUUUGUGGACACACGUAAAUUAAAACGGAUCGAGAUGAAACCCAGUUAUAUUUACAUUAUUUUAUAUCUUUGGGUCCAUAACGCGUCAGGAGCUGGGUUACGGAAUGGCGUUAUUCCAGCAUUUAACAUCUUACUAGACAAUCUGAUAUCCUGCGAUGUGCAAAUACUACACGACGGAUCCUACAAUAGUGUUGAUUGGUUUAAUGUAAACCUCCCAGUAAAAAUUUUAAACAUGGUGAAAUUUAAGUUUGCGAGUCCAGAAUAUUUGCAAAUUAUAUAUUGAAUAUAUUCAAAUCGCGCGCUAGUUCGUCUCGUAAAUUUGCAAUCUUUAUUUCCAGUCCUCACCUCAAAGUUGAAGAAGUAAGGGUUAGCCCCACACUUAACUUGCAUCACUGGAUAACUAGUGCGACUUACGGUCAAUUUAAAUAUCACGAAUUAUCCGAUUACGAUGGUAGUAUGGUUCCACAUAAUGUAAGAUGCGACGAUAUUGUUAUGACAUUUGUCACUACACCUAUUAUGAGGAAAUGGUUGGGAUCCGUGUAUUUUUGGACUAAUGUGCGGCACCGAAUAUCUGUUAUUUUUAUUUCAUUCGAAAACCAAGUCGAACUUUGCGCAUGGUCUGCUCAUUUAUGGGACGACGACAUUUCAGUAUCUUAUCUGGAUACAAAUUUAAUAUGUCACAAAACAGCAUAUCGAUUAAGUAAGCGGGAAGGCAGUGCUAGUAUUGAGAAUAUUAAAAAUAUUGCAACGCUUUCACCAGGAUGGUGCUACGAAGGUCAAGGUAAACCAGAUCUUAAACAAUGGAACUGUAAUGCACAGCAAAAUCCAUUUAACAUCACGCAAACGCAAACGCGUUCAGAGACAGUUAUGCAAAUUAUAAGCUGCUCGGUAAACGAGACAAUAACCUUUUCAAAAAGCUGUGGCAGUUACACCUUCAGAUUUGAGGUUGAAUCCUUGAUAGGUCCUGAAUCUCUCGUUACUAAAACUUCAGGUUAUCAAUUUUUAACAUGUUAUCGACAUGAAUAUAUCACGUUCGAAUUGUAUAUUACGCCAUAUAAACCAAUGAUGUGGCUGUCGUUGGUAAUAUCGAUAAUUACCAUUACAGUAUUCAUGUCACUAUACAAAUAUUACCGUGGAUUUGGUAAUAUUUCAUUUGCUCCCUGGUUAUUUAUUUUGGCCACAAUUUUCGAGGAGACUGGCCAUCUCCCUGUGAAAAUUGGUGUGGACUCGAUUUGCCGCCUAACGCUCGGCUCAUGGUGUCUGGUCUCUGUUAUUCUGACAAAUUGCUAUAAUGGAAUUAUGAUAUCUGAACUUAACUCGCCACUCAGAGCCUUUCGCCCAACCUUAUUUGACCAUCUGAUAUGUGAGAGGUUGGGGCAGGGCGAUAUGACAAAAUUGCCCAACUCUAUGAGCAGCCAUCAGGAAUCAUUGGUCUCCAUGAAGAAUCAAAAUUAUUCCGUGCUAGUGAAUUCACCCGAGGUUAUAUUUAAACAUGGAUAUAAAAGGGUAGAGUGGUACCUGUACGUACUUUUUGUCUUAGCCAAUAUUAAACACAUGUACACAAACGAUCCAUAUGGGAAUGAGCAUAUCAGGGAGCUUAAAAAUCCAUUCGCAUCCAAUAAAUGUUUUCACUUGCUGUCACUAUCAAGUCGAGAUGUAUCGGGAUAUCCCAACUUUCCAGAGUUCCUUGAGUAUAUGUACGACUAUUUUUGGUGGAACUUUCGGAAUGAGAAACAAUCAAGUGUUUUUAGCAAAAAUUCAUUUCUAUUGGUCAGCUUACUAGAUCCUAGACAUGUCCAUCAUCCGACAGCUUUUAAUUAUUCGAACCCUAAACAGACCGAGCUUCAGGUGCGAAGAAGUGUUGAGGAAGAGUUAGUGGAUUGUGGGAAAUCAGUCUUGAUCGUAAAAUCUGACGAAAUUGAAGCCGAAUUUCAAUUCGUGAGGAGGCACUAUCCUUCCAAAGAAUUUUAUAAAGCUUGAUUUGGAGUGGAAUCUACGGUAGACUACAGGAGGAAGCAAUGCGAAGGAAAUACUUGCAUCGUACGCCGACUAGAAAGAGUGAAAUUGCUGGAUUGGCGCCGACAGUUGAGUUAGGCGGGACAAUCCUAACAUUAUUCAUUAUUUGCGGGGCGAUAUUUUUAUUGGCAAGUUUUGUACUUGUGAUUGAAAUCCGUGUCUGGGUUUUUAAAUUUACUAAAGGUAUUAUAAGUUCAUUGCGAACGAAUAUUAGUUUCAUGUGGUCAAAUGUAUUUAGUAGAAAAAUGGUUUCGUGACUUAAUGACAGUUUAACAGUAAAUCACAAUCAGGUAACAAAGAUAUGAUAAGAGCAAUAGUCGUUGAAGUUUGCCACGUUUGUCAUUCAUUGAAGUCGGAACUAUUAUUAUACUUUUUAUAUAAUUAAGGAUUCUAAAUGUUCAUCAAUAAGCUGAGUUAUUCGUGUACCGUGCUACGUAUGACGAUGUUAGAAUUUAAGUAUUUAAUGUAAAUUCUAGGAUAAACCAAAACUAUCGGAAUCAUCAUACAUCCCUAACGUUUCGGAUGUUCCUAGUUAAGUAGACCAGGGAUUAUUAUUAUAGUGAUGAUGGUUUAAUGCAUACUUAUUAUGUACGCUUUAUAAGGGUAGACUUAGUUAUUAAUAAACACAAUCGUUAUAUGAUCCGGGCCAAUUAUUAUUUUCGUAAUUAAAAACAUAAUCACGUAACACAGAAUAAUCGACAUCUCAAUUAUUUAUUAUUAUCAUAUUUUGCUAUCGUUACAUCCUUGUGCGAAAGACCUAAUCUCUUUUUCCCCCAACAAUGUGGCUUCAAUUUCUCGCAAUGUUUCAAAACAGGUGGCGUUCCCGGUAAAAUCCUCGUUUUCAAAUCCCGUCCAACUCGACCUCCCAGUAAGAACCGCAUAUUUUGGAACAAAUCCAAAAUUAGUGGCAGAUAAACCCGUAAAAGUUAGUUCAAUUCCAGACGAAAUAUCAAAAUUGGCCCCACUGUAAAUUGAAAUUGAAGGCGUCAUUGUUUCCAACGGUCCCGUAAACCUUAAAGACAUAAUUGAAUGAAUUGUCCCAUUGUGGCAGAAUAUGCUUCCAUCAUCCGAAAUAAA